AUGCGUUUUGUAUCAGCGCUUGCCGUCGCGGCGGCCACCGUCAGCAGUGCCCUUGCGCAGGACUUUGUUUUGGGCUUCAACUCCGGUGCAUCUGAUGAUACCGGCAAGGCAAAGACCCAGGAGGACUUCGAGAAGGAGUUCACCACCGCGCAGAGCCUGGAGGGCGCACCAGGCAACUUCAGCGCUAUCCGUCUUUACUCCAACAUUCAGUGGGAGACGACCGACACACCCAUCGCCGCCUUCCCUGCCGCUAUCGCAACGAACUCCAAGCUCCUUCUCGGUAUUUGGGCAUCAGGCACGGACAACAUUGACAACGAAUUGAAGGCAUUGAACUCCGCAGUCGAGGAAUACGGAACAAAGCUGACGGAUCUUGUUAUCGGACUGUCUGUCGGUUCCGAAGAUCUUUACCGUGUGUCGGAACCUGGUAUCCGGAACGAGGCUGGUGUCGGUAACAGCGCGGAGAAGAUUGUUGAAUUCAUCAAGACUGCGCGCGAGCGUCUUGCCGAUACCCCACUCAAGGGUGUGAAGAUCACCCACGUCGACACCUGGACUGCUUGGGUCAACGAGUCGAACAAGGCUGUCAUCGACGAGAUUGACUUUUUGGCUGUUAACGCAUUCCCCUUCUACGAAUCCGAGCUUGAUAACAAGAUCGAUAACGCAGGCAAGCUCCUAAGCAGUGCUAUCAGCGCAACUGAGGGCGUCGCUGGAGACAAAGAUGUCUGGAUUACCGAGACUGGCUGGGCGUACAGUGGUCCUGACUUUGGUGCUGCCACAUCGACUGUAGAUAACGCAGAGACAUACUGGAAAGAUGUCGGUUGCGCGCUCUUCGGCAAGAGGAACGUCUUCUGGUACACACUCCGCGAUGCCAACCCUGCAAACAAGGUCAAGUUCGCCAUUUCGGACAAGCUGUCCACCACCCCGCGCUUCGACAUCAGCUGCCCAGAGCAGAAGGAGCUCCCCUCGGCAGAGCCCGCCACAAACAACGGUACUUCGACCGGUGGCUCGUCGAGCAGCAACUCGACUACAGAUAGCGGUAACAACGACAGCAGCAGCAGCAACAACACCAACGGCGGAAGCGAUGGCGGAAACGGCAAUGCUCAGCAAUCUGGCGCUGCCGCUCCCAGCGGAACCGGUGCGGGAGCUGCUACCUCGGUGUCGGUCAUGAACUCAAUGGCCAUGGCUUUGUCUGUCGUCUUUGCUGCUGCUGCCUGGGCUCUGUAG